CAGUCAUUAGCUUUGCUUCAGUUCGGUCGGAAGUAUCGGAAGCGCCACACAUUCGGUCGCAUUAUGUUUGUGGCUACGCUGACGCUUCUAGCGCUGAUCGCUUCCGUAGCGUUCUACGUGUACGUGGAACGGUUUAGCAAAAUUCUGAAGCACAGUGGCAAACUUGGAGGUCCCCGUGCUUAUCCACUGAUUGGUAAUGGGUUGCUGUUUGCUGGCAAAACGCCCGCCGAAUUUUUGCAGACCGUAGGACGCCUCAUCCAGCAGUAUGGCAAGUGCUUCCGGAUUUGGCUCGACACGCAGAUGCUGAUCGUGAUUACGGAACCGAAAGAUGUUGAGGCUAUUUUAAGCAGCAACAAGUACAUUGAUAAAUCGAUCGAGUACGACUUCAUCCGUCCCUGGCUGGGGGAAGGUCUUCUCACCAGUACCGGGCGCAAAUGGCACACUCACCGGAAGGUGAUCACGCCAACGUUUCACUUCAAAAUAUUGGAACAGUUUGUGGAGAUAUUCGAUCAGCAGAGCAGCACGUUCGUGCAGGUGCUGGCGACCCAUGCCGCGUCGGGCGACACGUUCGACAUCUUCCGGCCGGUGACGCUGUGCGCGCUGGACGUUAUCUGCGAAACCGCCAUGGGUACGAAGGUCAACGCACAGCUCAACACGGAAUCGGAGUACGUGCAGGCGGUAAAGGACAUCACCAACUUGGUGCAGAUUCGAUUGUUUAACUUUCUGAUACGGUAUGAGAUUUUCUACCGCUUCUCGGCGAACCGUCGCAAGCAGCUGGAAGCGCUCAAGGUGCUGCACGGAUACACGGACAGUGUGAUUAAGAGCCGCCGGGAGGAGUUGAACCGUGCUGCCGGGAGCGGCAAGAACACCGUUGUCAACGAGAACGAGAACGAGCUGGGUAUUAAGAAAAAGAUGGCCUUCCUGGAUAUGUUGCUGCAGUCGAAGAUCGAUGGCCAACCGCUGACUGAUUUGGAGAUACGCGAGGAGGUCGAUACGUUCAUGUUCGAGGGGCACGAUACGACCACGUCUGCGAUUAGCUUUUUGCUGCAGAAUCUAGCAAAGCAUCCCGUCAUUCAGCAGAAAGUGUUUGAUGAGGUGAGGAACGUUGUAGGGGAUGAUCGUACGCGCCCCGUUACCAUAGCGAUGCUGAACGACAUGCACUAUCUGGAUCUGGUGAUCAAGGAGACGCUUCGGCUGUACCCGUCGGUGCCAAUGUUUGGGCGUAAAAUGAUGGAAGAUGCUGAAAUAAAUGGAAAAGUGUUUCCCGCUGGGUCGAAUACGAUCAUACUGCCGUUCUUCCUUGGCCGCAAUCCCGAGUUCUUCCCAAACCCGGAAAAGUUCGACCCGGAGCGAUUUAACGUGGAAACGUCGGCCGAAAAGACGAACCCCUACCAGUACGUGCCGUUCAGUGCCGGGCCGCGGAACUGUAUCGGGCAGAAGUUUGCGGUGGCGGAAAUUAAGAGUUUGGUGAGCAAACUGUUGCGCAACUAUGAGAUACUGCCGCCGGUGGGCCGGUACGAUGAAACCUUUAUUGCCGAGCUAAUCCUGCGGCCUGAGAAGGGAAUUUAUGUACGAUUGCAGCCACGCGUGUACUCAUCCACAGCAUCACGUCUCGUGCGGACCGCAGUGGUGAUGGUGGUGGUUGUACAAAUUGGGCUCGCCCUUCUGGUGCUGAUCCUCACGAUCAACUAUCUGCUGGUGCGGCAAAACAUAAAGUAUGGCAGACACAUCCCGGGACCGGUUCCGCUGCCGAUAGUGGGCUGCUUCUACCUUUACAUUAAUUUAAAGCCCGAAGACAUCAUCGACUUCGUAUCGGACCUGCGGAAACGGUACGGCAACUUGUUCCGCGUCUGGAUCGGCAAUCGGUUAGCGUUGUUCUGCACCAACGUGAAGUACAACGAGACGGUCCUGAGCAGCCAGAAGCUGAUCCGCAAGAGCGAGCUGUACAAAUUCCUCAUCCCAUGGCUGGGCGACGGGCUGCUGCUGAGCACGGGCCAGAAGUGGUUCAGCAAGCGCAAGAUCCUUACGCCCGCCUUUCACUUCAAGAUCCUGGAUCAGUUCAUCGAGGUGUUUCACAAGCAGAGCAGCAUCCUGGCGGACCGGUUGCGGCCGGCAGCGAACGGACAGCUGGUAAACAUCUACCCGUUCGUAACGCUGGCGGCGCUGGACAUCAUCUGCGAAACGGCCAUGGGUACCUCGAUCAAUGCGCAGACUGAUGCUGAUUCGGCGUACGUGAAAGCGAUCACGGAGCUGAGUCUGGUGCUUACGGGCAGGUUCGUGAAGGUGUGGCAGCGUGUUGACUUUCUGUUCAAUCUGUCUCCGGACAAGCGACGCCAAGAUCGGAUCAUUAAGGUGCUGCAUGAUUUCACCACGAAGAUCAUACAAUCGCGUCGCCGGGAGUUAAUGGAGCAGGGUGGUAGUGGUGGUGGAACGGUCGAGGACGAAGAUAUGGCCGAUUUGGGGACGAAGCGUCGGAUGGCCUUUUUGGACGUGUUGCUGCAGGCCACCAUCGAUGGGCGCCCGCUGACGGACAGGGAAAUACAGGAGGAGGUGGACACGUUCAUGUUCGAGGGACACGAUACGACCACGAUUGCCAUAUCGUUCACGUUGCUGCUACUAGCCCGCCAUCCGGAGGUGCAGGAACGGGUGUACCGGGAAGUGGUGGCGAUAGUGGGUAAUGAUCCGGCCACACCGGCCACUCACCGGAAUCUGCAGGACAUGAAGUAUCUGGAGCUGGUGAUUAAAGAAUCGCUUCGUCUGUAUCCGCCAGUACCGAUAAUUGCCCGUCGAUUCACCGAGAAUGUUGAGUUGGGAGGAAAAGUAGUACCGGAAGGGUCCAAUUUUAAUAUCGGCAUCAUGCAUAUGCACCGCGAUCCUACCUUGUUUCCCGACCCGGAACGGUUCGAUCCUGAACGGUUUGCGCCAGACCGAACGAUGGAGCAGUCGAGCCCGUACGCGUACGUUCCGUUCAGUGCUGGACCACGCAAUUGUAUCGGUCAAAAGUUUGCCAUGCUGGAGCUGAAAAGUACCGUGUCGAAGGUGAUUCGGCACUUUAAACUGACUGCAGCCGGUCCGGAACCAAAGCUAACGAUGCAGCUGACGCUGAAGCCACGAGACGGUCUGUAUAUUGGAUUCGUUCCACGUGGAUAGUGGACGGUGCUGCAUUUCUACACAAUCGCCGGGUGCAACCGUCUUUCGACAGCCGGAAGAUAAGAGGGACAGUGAAACGAGGGAGUUUUUGUACACACAGAUGGUCUGUGUGCUUACGUGGGAAGUAAUGUUUGCGCUAGCGGUGUUUUGAUUAUGAGCAUAAAAAUAAAUUAUUUGU